AUGGCGUUAGAAAAAGAUAUGAGGGAAUAUCUUCUCCCUUUAGAUACCCCCUCAAAAAAUCAACGACGCCGUUAUAAAGAUCACCUGACAUGCCUUCCACUUCUCGCCUCGGCCCUCUUUGUCGCAAUGGUCAUCACGUAUUUCUCAUCCCAAUCCAUUCAUCGCCAUCGGGAAUUUCAGCUCACAUCUCAAUCUCUCCACGAAUGUGUGUGGUCGCACUUGGAAAAAUAUGAGCAACUUCUGAAUGUAGAACCGAUUGCUCGGGAGGAAUUUCUAGAGAGACAGAGGGUGUUGGCGGGGGUGUUGGAGAAGGAUGGGGUAGAUGCGUUUAUUGCGGAGCCGUCGGCUUCGACGGAGUAUUUUGGGAAUGUUUCGAGCGCGUUUGAACUUUCUGAGAGGCCGUUUUUGGUUAUUUUGGACAAGGAGGGGGCAGCGACGUUGCUGGUGCCGAAGUUUGAGAGGGGGAGGAUAGGGGCUUUGGAUAUGGUUUUCGAGGAGGAGACAAAGAGGAUUGUGGAGUGGAAGGAGGAAGAAAAUCCUUAUGAGGUGUUGCGUAGAGAGAUGGGGUUGAAAAAGGUGGUGUUGGAUGAACAUGUUCGGUUUAUGGUGGCGGCGGGAUUGCAGGAUGUGGGGGUGGAUGUGCAACUAAUGACUUUGGAAAUGAAGGAAUUGAGGGCUGUGAAGAGUGAAACGGAGUUGGAUAUCUUGAGGGGUGUAAAUGAGUUUACGGUGCAGCUGGUAAGGAGUUUGCAGAAAUGUAUCAAGGUUGGUAUGAGUCAGGAAACUAUUGUGGAAGCUGCCGAGGGCCUUUUUACACAAGCAGGUGUUGGGGCUGGGUUUUGGUCCAUAGUUCUUUUUGGUGAACAGGCUGCUAAUCCGCAUGGGGGUGGUAAGGGACGGGUUCUCAGGGAUGGAGAAUUUGUAUUGGUGGAUAUAGGGACUUCGUUGCAUGGGUAUGGAAGUGAUGUAACUCGUACCAUUCUCCCAUCCACAUCUACGGUUGAUCAAGAGUUGAUGGAUAUAUGGCAUUUGGUAUACGAUGCGCAAUCGGCGGCGAUCGAGAAGAUGAAUAUUAACGAGACGUGUUCGGUUGUGGAUGAGACGGCUAGGAAUGUCAUUAAAGCGAAGGGGUACGGAGAGUUUUUCACACAUCGAUUAGGUCAUGGAUUAGGGUUGGAAAUGCACGAGCAUCCAUAUCUCAAUGGGGUCAAUGGAGAAAAAUUGAAGAAAGGAGAAGUCGUUACUAAUGAACCCGGAAUCUACAUAACCUCCUCCCAAGCCACCAAACUCGGCAAAAAAGUUGGCUUCGGCGUAAGAAUCGAAGAUGCGGUUUUGGUUACUGAGAAGGGAGGUAGAGUGAUGACGGGAUCGCGCGCAAAAUCUCCUUAUGAACCUUGA